UAAUAUAUACAUAAGAAGGAAAAAAUAAAUAAAAAAACACAAAAGCAGCUUUUGUUGCCACGCGCACGGGUUAUAUGAAACACAAUACUAGUGUUUAUACAUACAUACAUACAUACAUACAUACACAUAUGUGCGUAUGUAAAUUGGCGAGGAUCAGUCUCUGCCAAAAACACUAUCUAGCAGAAAAAAAAACUAAACACUCGAGAGUGCUUUCUUUGAAGUUGAAGUUUUGCUGUUGAGCCGCAAAUAUUGCUGAAUGGAGAAAAAUUAAAAAGAAAAACGCUAACAGAACACUAACAAAUAUUAAAAUUUAUACCUUAUCCAAUACGCCUUUUAGCCAUAAUUUCAGUGAUUUGCGUGAAACGUGGUGUUAUUCCUUCACAUUGUUUCUCAUACAUAUGUACAUACACGUACAUACAUACUACGCUUUCGAGGUCUUUGGAGUUCUGUUGCUGGCACAUUGUUUAACAUUUUUUUUUUUUACAAUUUUCCAAUGAAACGGUGAUUUCCCAUGCAGAAUUAUAAUUUGCAGCACGUCAACAACAACGCUUAGUUCUCUGCGGUACGACUGCCUACACAAUACGUCUAUCGUUAACAUCUCACAGUGUACUAUAAAACACGUACGUAGUAACAACAGUUAAGUGCGGUUCAACGCAAGUCGUUUACCUUAAAACAUAAGAAGCAUACGAAACAAAUACGGUUUAUAAAAAUCUAACGUUUGGUUAAGUUUUCGUAAAAAAAAAAUUAAUAAUAAUAAUACAAUAACACAACAACAAAUAUUAAAGAAACGCUUAUUUAUAAAAGUCAAAUAAAUAAUAAAAAUAAACAAUACGAAAAGGCUUAUGUUAGGUGCCCACACUUUUGUAUACAAAUCCACAAACAUAUGUGUUAACAACACAUACAUACACAACUUAAGAUCAGCUGCGAAAGUUUUGCUGGCUGUCGCCGCAAGUGUGAAGAAGUAAAAGACGAUCGUGACUCAGAUAUUUUUCCAAAAAUCAAUUGGUGGUUAACACAUUUCCGCUUACUUUAGAAGAAAAAGUGUUGAACACAGAGUAGAGUAUACAAAAACAAAAUGGAUUACAUUGUAAAAGCGUACAAAGAUUGGAAGCUCCAUUCUCAGUUCCAUGAGAUCGUACCCGAUAUGGAUGAUGCUGAUUACAUGAUGUUUAACGAGAAGCAAUCUAUUCGAGAAUCUGCACGUUCACUCAAAAAAUACGGUAGCACUUGUUGUAAUCAUAAUUUGAGGAACAACGAAACGCUGAUACGACAUGAUGUCGAAAAGACGGACACACUGCAGGGCAUUGCACUUAAAUAUGGAUGCACGACGGAGCAGAUACGACGCGCAAAUCGUCUCUUCGCCUCGGACAGUCUUUUUUUGCGUCAGUUUUUAUUAGUGCCUGUUGAUAAAUCAUCGCCGUACUAUCCGAAAGCCGAUGAAAAUAAUCCACUAGAAAUCACUACCAACAACACUGAAUUACAAAAUAACAUAAAUGCAGAAAAUGGCGUAAACAACGUAGAUAGUGGCAGUGCGACUGGUGAUCCACUUGGCGUUUUUGCAUCACCAACCAGUAGCGUCGAUUCGGCAAAUAAUCCACGUCCAUCCAUGCUACCAACUCGUCCAUACUCAAUAGCCGGUGAAUUGUUAGUGCAAAAUAGCGAAGACGAUGUUGCGUUAAAUAAUCACAGCAAUAGUAAUAAUAAACAGAGUAAAUCGCUGGACUCUGUGGUGGCCAUGACGCCGGAGGAGGAAAAUCGGAGAUGCAUAAAUGAGUUUCUAAGCAAAAUCGAUUCGACAAUUUCCGAAUCGCGAAAAUAUGUAGAGAAAUCAAAAGAAAUGAUUACCAGCCAGAGUGAUAACGAUUUGUUUGUUACCACCGACUUCGUACAGCACAGACGUAACAAUCACUUAAAUAAUUCUUACAAAACAAAUCGGCAAAAUCAUCAAAACCACCAGCGCCACAGCUCGUCGGGCAGCACAUCGGAUACAGCACAGCUAUUGAAUACCACACAAACACGGCACGUUCAAAAGUCAUUGAAACGACUGGAAAAGCAGCAAGAUGAUUUUUUCGAAUUGUAGCACAGAAAUAAGGAACAAAAAAUUAUUUAUUUGCGACCCUUUGAAUGCCCUAUAUAUAAAUUUUAAUUUUAGUUUUAAUGAAACUUAAACUACGUGUAUGCUUUAUAAUGACGAUAACAUGUAUACAUAUAUGGCAGCAAAAAGAAAAUUCUAUUAAUAAUUGAAUAUGGAAAGGUGUAACCUCACCACUGAAGUAGAAUGAAAAUGUUUUAUACUAUAUAUAUACAGAUAAAUAGCAGCAUGAAAAACUAUUUAAAUGUUGGAAACCGUGGUGAAAUUAUUAUUUAAUAUUAAUAUAAAAUAAUGUAAUGUAAAAAGUGAAAUUUUAAAGAUUUUAAUUUUCAUUGCAAUCGAAAAUAUAUACAUACAUGUAUGCUUUACUAGUUUUGUUAUUCGACAUUGUUAAAAAAAAAAAAAUAUCUACCGUUUUCUCAAUUACUUAUGCGAGCGCAUAGCUCAAUUUUUGUUUAUGUUGCUUGUUAGGGUAAAUGCCAACCCAGCCGGGCAGAAAUUAUUAUGAGAGACGAUAGAUAAUAAAUAAAAAUAUAUGUGUGUAUUUAAUUACUAUUAUUAUUAUAAUUACACCUUAAACAUUUGUACUGCGUUAAAGAUUUGCGUAUUUUUUUUUCGAGCUAAGCAAAUUAAAUAAGUUAAACUUUUUAAAGUGCGUAUGUAUUUGUGUAUGCAAUCAACUGACAUAUAAUGUAUAAAGUAUAUUUAUGAAUUAUCCACUUCCAUUUAGCCUUUUAUAUUUAAAUAUUCGUUUAUAUACGUAUAUGUUUGCAUAUAUUUUUUAUUUUAUUAUUAUUAUUUUUUUUUAGCCUUUAGCUUUAAUUGGAGUUCUAAACUUUUUUGUAAUUAUUAUUUUCCGUUUAUUUACUGCAUUGGAGCGGAUGAGUAUUAUGUAUAAUAUUAUUAAAUUUUAUUUUGAAAAACAAAAAAGCGAAAUCAAAAAUCAAUUGUCUUUUCAUUUCUUUAAUUCGUGGAACUUUCUCUUAAUCUGACACCCUAGAACUUACAUUUUAUACUGGUAAAAUUAAUAUUCAACCAGAGUAGGACAGCAAUGAUCUCUAUGCGCACAUGUUUCAAAUGCAAUUUCCACGAUUGGUUGACCAAUCACAUGUUAAAAAAAAAAUAUAAUAUAGGGAAGCGCUGCACUUGGAAAAAUCAUAUGGCAUAUUGUAUUUUAAACAGUUAGUUAAAGUUAGUAAGCCACGGUGCGGUUUUCCGCUAGUAUAAUCAGAUAACUUUUUCAUUACGUUUUUUUUUCAUUUCGUAAUAUUCGUAUAUAUGUGUAUACGAAGUCUACAAACGUACCUAAACUUACUGCAUUGUCUGCGAAUGCAAAUAUGGGAAUAUGAAGUGCUGCAAAUAAAAGCGCAUUGGUAUGUGUUUUUCGGGGAAAAUUAAAAAAAAGUGUUUAUAAAGAAAACAUUUCCAAUCAAAUCCUAUUAAUGAAAUAGCAAAACUGUAUCAGAAAUGGGUUAAAGUUUCAAUUACAAAAA